AUGGUUUUUAUGUCGAGAGAUGGUCCCAAGGCUCUUGGUUCAAAGGAAAUCCCUCAGGUAGGUUUUAAAGACCAAGAUCUGAUUGUUAAUUCUCCCCUCUAGCUGCUGCACAUUUUUCUGUAAAUUAAUAAUGAGAGUUUGUUGUUAGAUCAUUAUAAUGACAACAUGUACCUGAUAAGUUUUAGUAUCCUCAUAAUGUGUUUGCUGGAUAAUCUAUGGAUAUUCUUGGGAGAAGUUACAUGUUAAUAUCUUCUGGUAGUUAAAUUAUUAUUAUCUCUCAAAGCUCUUUAUGGUUUGUUUUCCAUCCUUUCAAAUUUUAAUGAGAGAUGCAAGACAGAGGAAAAUGAAGAUUAUUAGAAUUAAGGCUUAUUUGGAAAAUCUGCAGAUACAGUUUACGCAAAAAAAUUGUAAAAUGCAUGCUUUGAUUAACCCUUUUACUUCUGAGAUGUCAAUAGUAAUUCUCCUUACUGUCUGUCAUACAAUUCUUGUAAUGUUAGUUUGGAGAAUUUGGUCUUGGAUCAACUAAUAAUCCCCUGGUUGAUAUUUGUAUAUAUUCUCAUCACUUGUCUGCAUGAUAUUGUAUUGAUAUUGUAAGGAGAAGUUCUGUCUUGGUCACUCAUGGGAGUUAAAGGGUUAAACAAAAAAAUGUAUUUUAUCCUUUUACUCUCAGUUGUUGUUCAAAUGUUGGUUCAAUGUCAGUAUCUGAGAAACUGCCUACCUACCCCGCCCCUAAGCCAACAUUAACCCUUACUUGUAAGCAGUUGAUGGUUGUUGGGUUAGGGGAGGGGUGGGUGUGCAGAUGCUGACAAUGAUCUGAAAUGUUUAUGGUGUAUCUACAGAGGUUUUUUUCAUUUUUCACCAUUUAUAACUUUUCAGUUUGGACAGUGUUAAGAGGCCUUCAAGGGAAGAAUUAAUUAUUUGUCGCAUAUCUUAAAUUAUGCAUGCACUUGAUAAUAUAAUAUUUAGGAAGCGGAAAACUGUUUGAAUGGACUGACAUUUGUUAUUACAGGAAUCUUGGAAAGUAUUGAGAGAGAGGAGGCAGCAGAUCUGAUUCAAAGAUAUGGUGGAAAAGUUACCCAAUCAGUGAGCAAGAAAAAGAGUCAAGUUGUUGUGGGACAGGAUCCUGGGAAGAGUAAACUUUCCAAGGUACAUUGUAAUGCACAGCUCAAAAAGAGGAAAAAAAAGAACUCUGAACAUAAACAUAUACACUGCACCUUUUCCUAAAUUUUUAUAACAAAUCCGGGUGCAGCUUACUGCAAAUACACCUGGGAAACUUGUCGCAAAUUUGCAUAAAUUAACAUGAUUCAUUGAACAGCAAACUAACAAGAACUGAAAAAUUUUCUUUUUUUGUUGUUGUCUUCUAAAAGUUUUUUUUUUUCCAUGAGCAUAAAAUUAUACUGUGGAGUUCAUUAAAUGUUUCUUUGUUAAAAGACCUUUUAACUGGUUUAAGGUUGUAUUUCCUUCCUUGAAUAGCUAAACAUUACUUGGCAAGAAACCUGUGAUUUCUUUUUUGUUGUUGUUUUUUUUGUUGUUUUUUUUUUGUGCAACUGAUCACAUAAUUUGUUAAUCCUCAUUUCCCUUCUUCCAUCUACUUAAUUUACGGUGUCACUCAGUUUGUCUGUCUGUCUGUCUGCUCUUUUGUGUACACUUAGUGAAUAUAAUUUUCCUUGUGUGCAUACAAGUACUGUACAUGACUUUGCAUUAAAGUUACUGAUGACAUAAAUACAUGUGCAUGUGUGUGAUAUACAUGUACCAGUAAAAUGUCAUAGGAGCCAUUGGCUAGUGUGCAACUGAUAACAUAAUUUGUUCAUCCUUAUUUCCCUUCUUCCAUCUACUUAAUUUAUGGUGUCACUCAGUUUGUCUGUCUGUCUGUCUGUCUGUCUAUCUGUCUGUCUGUCUGUCUAUCUGUCUGUCUGUCUGUCUGUCUGUCUGUCUGUCUGCUCUUUUGUGUAUGUUCAUUCUUCCAAUGACUGUCUUUCUAUCUGUCACUUAUUCUCCUUGUUCUCCUCUGUCCAGUCACCCACACGUCAGUUUUACCACAACUCUAAAUUCCACCUUUAGGUUCAUCUGUUGGAUCAUUUUACUGUACUUCCACCUGUAGACUUGUUUGUGUUACUUAAAUUGAGUUACAAGAAAGUACAGUUUUUUUGUUUUUUGUUGCUUUAUUUUUUUAAUCUACAUAAGAUUUUGACAGUAAAGGUAAUUUUUUUUGUGCAGAAGAUCCAAGUCUGUUAUCAGUAGACAAAUAUCAGCCUUGGGCAGUGAAGCAGAUUAUUGGUCAACAUGGUGAUAAGAGCAACAUGAGAAAGCUGAUGAACUGGCUGAGAGACUGGGAAAAGAAUAGAAAGAAACCAGCCUCUAAAUGUGAGAUGCUUUUUCCCUCAAAUACAUGUACAAACUUCUCUUCAGGCAAGUAUGCAAAUGGUUCAGGCAAACUUUCGGAGAAAGCAGAUGAAAGAGUUUGGGUUGUAAUCAGAUAGGGGAACCUUUCUAGAGGGGGAGUAGCAAUUCUCCUGGUCACCUGAUGCUACUGAAAUUAAUUUAAGCUUUGGCGAGAUUAGUCCUGGCUCUUGUGCUGACUUUACUUCUAACCCUUUAACUCCUAUGAGUGAUCAAGACAGGAUUUCUCCUUACAAUAUCAAUAAAAUAUCAAGCAGACAGGUGAUGAGAAUAAAGAAAAAUAUCAAUCAGGGGAUGAUUAGUUGAUCCAAUACCAAAUUAUCCAAAUCAUAAGAAUUUUAUGGCAGACAGUAAGAAGUACAAGUGAGCUGUUUGAAGUAAAAGGGUUCAGUGGAUGAACCUAGCCUUAAUCAACAGAUAUUUUACAUAAGACCUUAAAUUGAGUUGUAAUGCAAAUGUCGUCUAGCUGUUGGCUAAAUACCUUUCACACUGAAUCCAGAUUGUUUCUUAAUUCCCACAUUCAGAGAUACAAUUUUUUAAACAGCUGUAACUUAUGAACUUUUAUGAAUUUAUUUUACUCGACAGUCACUUAUACAUGUAGUUAGUAUGUUAGUAGUGGAAUCACAGUUUUAAACCUUUUUAUUUUGCACAGCUUUCUUUUACAACAAAGACCAAGAUGGGUCGUCCUUUAUGGCAGCUCUUCUGUCCGGUUCCCCAGGAGUUGGAAAAACAACAACAGCUACAUGUACCCUGGUUUGUGAAGAGCUGGGUUUUACGUACAUUGAAAUGAAUGCCAGUGACACACGAAGAAAAAAGACCUUGGAAGAACACAUUUCUCAGUCACUGAACAAUAAAACCAUGGAUGGCUUUCUGACAGGUCGUCAAAUUUCUGUAAUAUUUGGAAUGACUUUGAUAUUAUUAAAGAUACUUCAUGAAUUCUCCAGUCUUGCUAAACUGAUUUUCCUCUUUAGUUAA